UGAUCGCUGCUGAGCUGCGAGGCAGAGCAGCUGCAGCGAGACCAGAGGACGCUGACAACAACGGAGAGUCAAGAAGCGCAACGUUUUUCACCCAUUCCCUCUCCACCGCUGUCACGUCUCCUUUUACUGUAUUUAUUUUGGUUAUAACGCAAGCGCACGGAUAUAUAUAUACAUCUUUUUUUUUUCAUUCUCUCUUGAACCUGAAAUGACUGCCAGUCGCCGCGUCUAGCCAAUGGUUACUGCGGGGGCUCCUGUCGUGUGGAUUAUCCGUCGUCGCCGAGCCAGUCGCAUGGUCGAGCCCGGAGGAGGCCCCGCUCCGCUCUGGAUGGACGGACGCGCGUGAGGCGGCGCUGGACUCCGAGUGCUGGUGAAAGACGGCGACGAUGCUCGGGUUUCAUCGGCAGCGGGUCAACUGAUUCUUGGAUGUUCGGGCUAAGCCGUCCCGGGCUCAAAAAGAUUUUCCUCACACGGCGAAAAAACACACAUAUUCCUUAAAAACUGGACGCCCCUGGAGCAGUUUAUGACGGCCCUGGUAGGAGCGUGAUGAGCGCGCGCUUCCACUUGCCUGCUGGCAGAUCCUACAAUGUCCGGGCGACGGAGCUGGAGCGAGACAGGCAGCACACACAGGUCGUGUGCAGCGUACUGCUGCUGGACAACACCUUCCAGGCCUUCAAAGUCUGCAAGUCGGAUCCCGGCCAGGUGUUGCUGGACGCUGUCUUUAAGCACCUGGAGCUGACUGAGAGGGACUACUUUGGCCUGCACCUGGCCGAUGACUCCUUAGAUUCGCCGCGCUGGCUGGAUCCCAACAAGCCCGUCAGGAAGCAGUUAAAGAGAGGCUCUCCCUACAGCUUGAGCUUCAGAGUCAAAUUCUUUGUGACAGACCCCGGUAAACUUCAGGAAGAAUACACACGGUACCAGUAUUAUCUUCAGAUCAAGCAGGAUAUAGUAACCGGAAGAUUGCCGUGUCCACACAACACAGCCGCUCUGCUGGCGUCCUACUCCGUUCAAUCUGAGCUGGGGGACUACAGCGAGACGGAGCACGCGGCCGGCUACCUGUCGGAGUUCUGCUUCAUGCCCAGCCCGCCGCACGACUUCCACAAAGAGGUCGCCAAACACCACCAGCAGCACAGCGGUCUAUCUCCGGCCCAGUCAGAGUUUAAUUAUCUCAACACAGCACGCACGCUGGAGCUCUACGGGGUGGAGCUGCACUAUGCAAGGGACCAGAGCAACACGGAGAUCCUUCUUGGUGUGAUGUCCGCCGGCAUUGUGAUUUACAAGAACAGGGUACGAAUCAACUACUUCCCAUGGUUGAAAAUAGUGAAAAUCUCCUUCAAGUGCAAGCAAUUCUUCAUCCAGCUAAGAAGAGAGGCGACCGAGACCCGGGAAACACUGCUGGGCUUCAACAUGGUGAACUAUCGGGCUUGUAAAAACCUGUGGAAGGCCUGCGUGGAGCACCACACGUUCUUCAGGCUGGAUCGGCCCAUCCCACCACAGAAGAACUUCUUCGCUCACUACUUCACCCUGGGAUCAAAGUUCAGAUACUGCGGCCGGACGGAGGUGCAGUCGGUGCAGUAUGGAAAAGAUAAAGGCAUCAAGGACAGAGUAUUUGCCAGAUCACCCAGCAAGCCAUUGGCCAGGAAGCUGGUGGGCGGAACUGACUGGGAGUCAGUCAGCAGGAACAGCCUAUCGGAUGAGAGGCUGGAGACCCAGAGCCUGCCCACUCGCUCGCCACCCGGGACUCCCACUCAGAACUCGCUGUUUGUGCAGGAGGGCACGCGGCUACGCCCCUCGUCCGUCGGCCACCUGGUCGACCACGUGAUCCAUGCUUCACCCAGCCUGCCUGUCUUCUCCUCCUCCAAUCACAGAUCAGCGUCGUCCACGCAGGCCAACAGCAUCAGCCUGGACUCUCCGUCUCCAGAGGGGCUGGACGGCCAACCGCCAGCUCUGCCCCCCAAGCAGCUGAGCAGGAAGACGUUGAGCCAGAUCAUCCAGGCCCACUCGCAGCAGAGCCUCCUGGACAACCACCUCAAUGAGAUGUACGAUGUCCCCGUCAACGCCGACAAGACCACGCUGAAUGGAGUUGUUCCUCAUGACAAUCUGGUCCUGAUCAAGAUGAGACCUGACGAACACGGACGUUUUGGCUUCAAUGUCAAGGGUGGGGCCGACCAGAAGAUGCCCAUCAUUGUGUCGCGGGUGGCUCCUGGAACUUCAGCCGACCUGUGUGUGCCUCGCCUUAACGAGGGAGACCAGGUAGUCUUAAUUAAUGGACGGGAUAUCUCUGACCACACCCAUGACCAGGUGGUCAUGUUCAUCAAAGCCAGCUGCGAGAGUCAUUCCGGAGAGCUCAUCCUAUUGGUCAGACCAAAUGCCAUCUAUGACGUGGUGGAGGAGAAGGUGGACUCCGAGCCAGACUUUCAGUACAUCCCUGAGAAGUGCCCUCAGGACCCCGCCCAGCUAGACCAGCAUGCUUUGAGGGACUCCAUGGUCACGCUGAAGGAAGGCCUGAGCAGCGGAGCCAUACUCGCUCAGUUCGAUCAACUGUACAGGAAGAGGCCCGGGAUGACCAUGCUGUGUGCCAAAUUACCUCAGAACGUUUCCAAAAAUCGCUACAGAGACAUCUCUCCUUAUGAUGCCACGCGGGUUAUUCUGAAAAGCACAGAUGACUACAUAAAUGCAAAUUACAUCAAUAUGGAGAUUCCAGCCUCGAGUCUUAUAAACCGCUACAUCGCGUGCCAGGGCCCGCUGCCCAACACCUGCCCCGACUUCUGGCAGAUGACCUGGGAGCAGGGCUCGUCUAUGGUGGUCAUGCUGACUACGCAGGUCGAGAGGGGACGGGUGAAGUGUCACCAGUACUGGCCGAAUCCAGGCAGCAGCGCCACCUACGGAGACUUUACAGUUACAUGCCACAAUGAAGAAGGCAACACUGCCUUCCUGGUCCGAGAGAUGAGUCUCACAAACACACAGAGUGAGCAGGAGAGAGAGCUCACCCAGAUUCAGUACCUGGCAUGGCCGGAUCACGGCGUACCAGAUGACUCCACCGACUUCCUGGACUUUGUGGCUCUGGUGCGAACCAAGCGUGCCGGACAGAACCAGCCGAUGGUGGUGCACUGCAGUGCGGGCAUCGGGGGACCGGGGGUUCUGAUCACCAUGGAGACGGCGCUGUGUCUAAUGGAGUGCGCCCAGCCGGUGUACCCUCUGGAUAUCGUCAGGACCAUGCGAGACCAGAGGGCCAUGAUGAUACAAACGCCGAGCCAGUACCGAUUUGUGUGCGAGGCCAUCCUGAAGGUCUUCGAGGAGGGCCUGGUCAAACCAGUCAAGACCGUCGUCUACCAGCUGAGAGAAAAGGUGGAGGAGGAGGAGGGACAGGUGGAGGAGGAGCAGCAGACUGCAGGGGAAGGAGCAGAGACUGCGGCGCCGGAGGACGUGGCUGUGGUGGAGUUGCUGGAAGGAGGUCUGGAUGAAGAGGAGGAGGACGACGACGAAGAGGUGGAGGUGCUGGAUGUGGGGGAAGUGACAGAAGACGGGGAGGAGGAUGAAGAUGAGGUGGAGGAGCCGAGCGUUGCGAGUGUCUCAAGCGUUCCAAGCAUCGCGAGCGCCAUCAGCGAGACCAGCGUGAACCCUGACGCUGACAACCCUUGACUUUUGACCUUUGGUUGUCAUGGGGGUUGCCAGGAGGAGGCCAGGUGGGCCGGAGGAGAGAACAAAAGCACUGUUGCACUUUAUGCUGACAAAAACAGAGAAAUAAGACACGACACAAACAAACUUACGCGAAAGUCACGGACAAGCUCGACAUUUAAAAAAAAGCAACCCAGCUGUGUUGAAUAGGUACCGUUAGUGGAUAUUGUAUGUUCAGGGUAAAGAAAAAAAGUCACAGAAAGAAUCAAAAGUUAAGCGUACGAGAGAACAACACGUGGACGGGGAGUUGCUGUAGUGCCAUAAGUACGAAGAGGAGGGGCCGGCCCCGUGGACGAAGGUCGCCUGGUCCCCUUCUGAGGCGAGUCUGCCAGACGGACCUGCCUUUUUUUUUUUUUUUAAUGUGUCCUUUUAGCUGAUAAAGAGAUAUACCUUAUCUUUUGUUCCUCAGAAAGAGUAUUUAUUGUGUUUUAGUUUGUGUCAAACCCUGUCCACUGAAGAAAAAAACAAAAAAAGACUUGUAUGUUUGUUUGUAUGAAUCUAGAGCUUCAUGCUUUCCUGAUUAAAUCCUAGGUAGUACAGUAGUGCGUUUCCUCUUCUAACUACUUUAUUUCUUUUGCUUUUUGUGAAAAAAAAAGAACUGAUUUAAUUUAUUGUACUUCUCAGCUCAGCUUUCUGGUCUAAAUUUCUGCCCCACCCCCACACACACACACCUCCCACUAGAAGAUUCUAACUCUCAACUGCGAUCAAUCUUUCUUAACAGAUUUUUGCCACUUCUUUGGCGUGAUGCGUUCGGGGCUGAGGUCAGUUCACGUCCUUAUUUAAGCUCCUGCUUAAAUCGAAGCCGGGGUCCCUGCUGAAGUGUCCUUGAGCCAGACACUACCCGCCAACCCCUCCGUGUGCGCGACGCUGUCAGCUUACCACGGCGGUAUCACCAACAAGUCCUGUGAAAGUCGCUCUCGCAGUCAGCAUUUUGUUUUUAGAAUUGCUUCUUCUGGGCGGGGGGGGGCGGACUUUCAACGUGCCCCCUGCCGCCCCCCUUUUGCUUCACGUAAACGGGGAAUAGACAUUUUAACAUCGCAGACGGGAGCAAACCCCGGACGGAUGCAGUUGAGCUGCUGGCUCCUCGCUCCGUGUGACUCGGUAGUGGGCAGGGCCGGUUCAGAGGUCAUUGAUGCCUCCCCGAUGGUACUUUGUUUGUAUUUUCAAAUCACAAAACGCUGCAUCGAGUUGCCUGUUGAAUCUUUUUCUUUUUCUGCCGAAGUGGCGUUUGAGCUGCCGUCGUACUUUACACCGUGCAGUGGAAUGCAGUGUAGCCUCUUAGAUGCCGGCUGCUUCAGUACCUGCCGUAAAAGCAAACAAAAACCUACUGCUGUGAGAGAGUGUGUGUGUGUGUGUGUGUGUGUGUGUGUGUGUGUGAGAACUCAGAUUUCUGUCUUUAUCUUUCUCUGUUCUUCUCCCUUCUGCGUUUCUAUGACGUGUUGUUUAUCUGUCUGGUCUGCGCCUGCUUGUCAGUCAACUGGAACGAAGGGUUGUGCCAUGAAGCUACAAACCUAAUCCAACCUGAUCUCAAAGGUUUUAUUCUAAUGAAACUCUGAGCCUUUUUAUUUUAUUUCCUUUAGUCUGUCCUGCGAACUGGGUUGAAACGUUGCUUGUGAAACAUUAAAAAACGAAAUCGUAUCUCCCCCCUUUUAAAACCGACUGGUCCCACUUUUAGCACGCAGAGGGGCCGAGCUUUCUUCUUCUCUGAUUGCGGAACCUCUCCCAAAAUUGGCCAGGCUCCUCCUCUCUGGCAACGUCAUUCACUCCCACAGAGCCCACGCUACGUGCGCGGCCCGUUCUCCUCGUUGUUCCUUCCCAGAAGCCUCUCUGGCGGAUCGUUGCACGCAGAGCCGUCUCCCUCUGCACGGCCUCCAGGCGAGUGACACAUCUGGGUGGACGGCUGUGGGUAUCGGCGGUGCGGCAUCGCGCUUGUUUUCCACAGGAAACACAGUGGGCAGCGAGUGGAUGAGCCAACAACUGGCUUAAACCUCCUUCUUUUAUCCUUUAACACAUUGGCCGACUGUUCGCGUACGAGCUCUAAAUCAAACACAAGGAGCACUCUGUGGCUUUAUGUCGCCACCACCUCAAAUCGAAUUAACGGCAAAGGCUUCUUAUAAAGUGGCAUCAAAGGCGAGUUCCCCCCCCCCCCCCCACACACACACACACACACGAGACUAUACCAUUUCAAACAUGAAAAUGAAACAUGGACCCCUGCGGUGAAUAAUGAAUAAAUCUAUUUCCAUCUGCACAAACUAUCCAGUAACGAGCUGUUUGGGUUCAAAGUGUUUAGUUGUUGACGCGUCAUUGGUACACUCGUUUGAGUGCGUUAGGGUACUGAUCAGAGGGAGUGUGGACCGGGGGGGUCAUCAUGUAUUUAUGUAGAGAUGCAAACAGCCCAGUUGGAUAAGGACGGCGUUUAGUAGGAGGCUGAAUGGCAAGUAGUGCUGAGGGGUAAAGACAUGACGCAUUGUUGAAAUGAGUUGUUUUGAGGGGGGGAUUUGACAUCUUUUUUUCUUUUUUGGUUUAAAAAUAAAGUAUGUAGGGAACAAGAAAAAAAGAACUCCUAACUACACAGUGCCACUUGUUAAUUUUGUGUAAAUAAUACUAGACCAUGUAAAUACAAUGUUGUAUAUGAAAAAAAUCUUUAAAAUAAAAGGGAAAAUCGUUUGUGAGCAGAAAGAUUUUGUUUUACUUUUGUUUUUUUCCUUUUCCCUUCUGGAUGUGACACAAUUGGUGUGUAAUCUCAAGACUGCUAUUUUAACAUUUUUGUUUUGUUUGAGACGUUAUCUAUUACAGCGAGUGUAUAUACAACAAAACACAAACCAUGAGAACUGUUUUACCGUAUUAUAUCCUUGGUUAACCCCUUCCUGUGUCAUAAAAACCUUUUUGUCCUCA